UAUAUGUAAUUGAACUUUUCGACAUUUGUGGGCAUACAUGUGAAAGCUUAAACGUCAUCGGGUUAUCCACCAAUCACACUCCAGCAGUGUCUGACGUCAUUCAGGAAGUAGCUCGACACCUGCUGGUGGAAUACGACGAUUCACUCAGUCAGGUGAGCUUGUGUGAUGGCGCUGUACUGGCUCUAGGGUGGAUGUACUUGGAAGAUGCACAUCCUGGUGGCGAAGUUGCUGGGCCUGCUGGCGUUGGUGGCGCUCAUGCUGGCUGGCGUGCUGGUGCCAGUGCGCCUCCUGCUGAGCGACCGUAGCAAGGUGCACAGAUACCGCCGGGCCGUGUCACUGUGUAACGCCUUCUCGGGAGGCGUAUUCUUGGCCACGUGCUUCAACGCUCUGCUGCCCGCAGUCAGGGCCAAGGCGAAUGACGUGCUACGCCAGCUGAAAGUGGACGGCGAGUAUCCCGUGGCUGAGACGAUGAUGAUGCUGGGCUUCUUCGUCAGCGUAUUGGUAGAGCAAAGCGUGCUGACCUUCAGGAAGGAGACGCCAUCCUUCAUCGACCUGGAGACCUUCAACGGUGGUGGCUCAGAGGUGGGCAGCGACUCCGAGUGCGAUGCGCCCUUCAUCUCUGCAGUACGGCAUCGCGGCCACCGUCAUUCACACCUGAGCCCCACCCAGCUGGUGGGGGCAGGGCCACUGCGUCUCGCCAGUCUAGUUCUAGCUCUGUCCGCACACUCUGUGUUCGAGGGCGUGGCGCUCGGCCUGCAAGAGGACGCCGGCAAAUUCGGCAGCCUCCUGCUGGGCGUGGCUGUGCACGAGACUCUUGCUGCCACGGCGCUGGGCAUGAGCGCGGCCAAAGCAGCCCUUGGCAUGAAAGAUGCCGCGAAGAUAGCCGUUGCUGUCAGCCUGAUGAUCCCGCUGGGCGCCACCGUUGGUGUGGUAGUGAACUCUGCUCAGACGUUGGCGGGGGGCGUAGUCUCUGUGGUAUUGCAGGGACUCGCAGCCGGAACCUUCCUCUUUGUCACCUUUUUUGAGAUCCUCACGCCAGAACUGGAGCACAAGGCAGACCGCCUCCUCAAAGUCCUCUUUCUUGUCCUUGGAUAUGGCGCCCUAGCCGCCCUUGUCUUCAUCAAAUGGUGACGGUGACAAACCCGGAGGUCGGUGGUCAGAGUGCUUGUGUGUGCUUGGUGCCAGACUGAGGGGUAGAGCUGGAACGGAUAGAACUGGAAGGACAGGUAGAUCAGGAGCGUACAGAAGUAGAUUGACGCAUCUAGAACAGAUAGACAGGUGGAGCUGGAAUAGACAGAACUAGAAUGACAGGUGUAUCUGGAACAGAGUGAACUAAAAUGACAGGUUGAUCUCGUUUGGCUAGUCCUAGAAAAUAACAAGUACAUCUGGAACAGACAACUAGAAUCAGGUAGAUCUAGAUGGAUCAAAAUGAAGUAAAUUGUACAUAAUUAUUUUCUUGAAUUAAUAUUGUCAUUUAUGCUCAUGUCGUCAUAUUGAAAUAUUACACAAAAACCUUUUGAGUAAGCAAUUUGUAGUAAGUAGUAAGCAAGUAAUUUAUUGCCAAAUAUACAUGGUAAUGGUUUCAUUUAUUUUGAACAUACAUAGAAGUUACACUGCAGUACGUCUCAUAGUACAAUUCUAAAUUCAGUAGUACAAUAGUACUACUAAUAGUACUAUUAAUAGUUUCAUAUCGUUCAUAUUUAUUCACUUUCUGUAUUCCAAAUGUACUCUCUGCCAAUUUUAAUGCACAGAAAUAGUAAUGUGAUAAAUAAUAAUAAACAUAUAAUAAUGAUAACUGAUGAAAGGUUCAUCCUUGACAGAAACAUAGUUGGUUAAUGAGUAUUAAACUGUGGGUUGUUCAUCAGCUGAUCAAAAGUUUAAGGCUAUAGCACAAAAAAAAAAACUUAAACCCGCCUAAAAUGGAAAUGAAAUGUUGAAAAAAAAUCACCCCAAAAAUUGGUUUCUUGCAAUUUUUCAAUUGGUCAUGAUCAGGCAUGUAUCUUAUAUUAAUAUAUUACACAUAGUUUGUCAUGUCGAUAUAAAUAUGAGGAUAUACAUUAAUAGAGGGAAGCAAGAUUUGGAUUUACUUGGCAUGCUUUUGCACAGUCGCCAUCUGCGGGGCGAUAUGAAAACAAUUUUACCUUGUAGUUUUCCAAAAUACCAAAGUAUCUGAUGCAGCAAAUGACAUCUUUAGAAAAUGUGAACAAGCUUACACCGUCUCCUCAAGUGUUCUCGCAAAAGCCUUCAAAACAGGAAGCGGCCGUAAUCUAAAAACAAACAGAAAUUAAUCCAGAACUGGACCAUAACAAUUGAGAAUGCAUUAUUGGAGUGAACUUAAUUUCCAAAUGGGAACUUUCUGAACAAGUAAUUACUUAGAACUUUGAACACUUUACAGCAGUGUGGCUAAUUUGUGACCAUCUUGUGACAUCUCCUUAUUUGAGAACUACUACUAAUUGUUUAAAUACUGUGCCGCUCAGGAGUCAGUGAGGAAACAGUAGCACUUUCUUUGGCAGGCGCCAAUCACAAGCUUUAGGUGAACUCACGAUGGGAAUAGCAGGAGGUCAUUACUCCAUAUUACAGUCUGACCUAUGGUGGCAGCUUACAAAUAAUGCUAAAAUCCUCACACACCAACUUAACACUCAAAAGGUAGCCACGACAAGUUUUUUCCCAAAAUUUUGGCUCGGUUCUCGUACAUUGUCUGGCUAUUAUACAACAUUGUGUGUAACGAACUGUUGUAUUUUACCUUUGGGUACAUUGAAUGUUGUGAAAUGAAUAAAGAUAUA